AUGGUUUUAAUGUUUCUAUUUUCUUCUCUAUGGCUAAUAGUGUCUACUGUUGCUGUGCAAAGAGUUAUUCUUCCUGAUGGUGAUCGAACGUAUCUGAUCGAAAUGCUUACAACAACAUACAAUGAUAUCUCAACGGAUCGUGCUCAAGAAAUUGUCUAUGAAUUGGAAAAUUUCUAUACUGGUAUUCGAUAUAAUCUCGGAACUGAUUGUGGACCACCCAACGAAAUAGACAAGGCAUUUCACUUGCACAUAAUAAAUACACGCUCUUAUGCAGCAUUUUCGGAGGCUACUUUUGGAUAUUUUCUCCAUCAUUCACCAUUCUGGUCUGCUCAUCCACCUCCGAGCGAUUUACGAGAGCGAUGCGACAAUCAAGUGAGCAAAUUGAGACAUCAUGGUAUCCCAAUCAUUUACGAUUACUUAUGGACGCCACCAGCAUGUACAGCAGAUAAAACGGAUCCUGAAAGUAUGAAACAUUGGAUGUGUGAACUGUAGUAUUUAAAUCAUAACAAACUAAUGCGUCAUAAACAAAAAACAAUUUUUGUAUUUUCUUUUUUAAAUCAGCUUUAAUAGUGGAGAUUUGUGCUUAUUCUCAAAAUAUAGGGUGUGGGUGUGGGGUGGGGGGUGUGGGGGUGUGUGGUAUGUGGGUGUGUGUGUUGUGUGUGGUGUGUGGGUGUGUAGCUGAGAGUGGAUGUGGAGUGUGGGUGUGUAGGUGUGAGUGGGUAUGGGGUGUGGGUGUGUUUAUGUGUGUGGGUAUGAUGUAUGGGUGUGAAUGUUCGCGUGUGAAUUUGAUUGUGUGCGUGUAGAUAUGGGUAGGGGCCUAGGUAUGGUUGUUGUUGGUUGCAUGGAUUUAUCUAUUGAUGUGUGGAAAGUAUGAGAUUUUUGUGUCUUUAGCAGCAUGGUCUGAGAGUGUAUAUUUAUGUGACUCGCAAUUUGCAUGGGAAGUGCGAUUAGACGCAGAUUCAUUCACUUUCACAAACAGAUUCACGUUGAGGUCCCAAUCUGCACCCAACACCAUCGCGUUGUGUAUUUUCAAAAUGUUCAGCUAAAGUUGGAAAUUUGAUUCAACCCGAACUCGCACCAUUCCAGUGUAUGGCUAACUUACUGAAUCUGAGUGAGGAACACUAUGGAAGUGUAUUAAGAAAUAAAAGGCGUAAUUCUUUGAAUUGCUCUUUCUUACAACUUUGUUUUGAAGCAUUGUUCGCUACCUUUCACUAAAGUAAACAAGAAAAGGCUUGAAAAUAUUUUCGCUGAUCUGUAAGUUGCCUUUUCUCUUUCUCUUACCUUCUUUCUCGCUCUGCAAAUGAAAAUCAACGGUGGAAAAAGCAUAAAGCAAACAGACUGCAAAUAUAUCUGAUAGAUGUGAGUGUGAAGGUAUGCUUCUAAGAUUCGAAUUUGGUUGUGGGUGAGUGGGUGGGUACAAAUGUGACUGUGUAUGAAUAUUUCUAGUGCGAAUUUUGUUCAUUCUUUCAGAAGUGUUCGAAGAAUCUAUGAGAAUCCUGAAUCUCCAGAAGUUUCUGACGUGUUCGACAGGAUUCUGGUUAAAUUACUUAUGCUUACUACUUCGAAAAUUUCUCAAAAUUAAAUAGGAUACCGCUCAGAAUUUCUCACAGUCAUACAAGAUGCCAUUUAGGAGUUCUCAACCUGAUAUGGAAACCUGUUUGUAAUUUUUUCCCAGUUUUAGCCACAUUUGUUUGUAAAUCAUGAAUCUAGGACUAGUCAAGAUUCCAUCAUAAUUCCAAGGGAGAAUAAGCAGAUUGUAAUCUUGACGGUGGGUGUGGAGUAUGGGGUGUGGGUGUGAGUGUGGGGUGGGUGUGGAUGGAAUGUGGCUGCACUUGUUAUCUUAACCCACACCCACACCCAUUUUCCAUAUUUCUUUAUUUUUAAGUAUCGCUCUAUAACUUUAUGAAUUGACGAAAAUAAGGGUCCUAAGAAUAUGGAUAUCGUCGUCUGCAAGCAUUCUGACAUUUAGUAGUUAAAUUAUCUUCUUUUGGUAUAGUAAGAUAUUGUCCUCCAGGUGUCAGAUAAGUUGUAUUUUCAAAUAUUGACCGUAAUACUUAGUACGUAUAAAGUUCUUUACUAGACUAGCUUUCAUAAAACGAUUCGAAACUUUUGAAUAAAGGUUUUUCGAAAUAGGCAUAAGCUCUGCUUUGUUGAAAGAUUUCUUUAAAACUUCUAAAAUGAGUCAAAUAUCGGAUCAAAAAUUCAAAAUGCAGCUAUUCUAACAUCUGGAAUUUAACUGAGAUCUCUUCAAAAUAGAUACGAUUUGUCAAGUUUUGUCCACAAUAGGGUCAAGACUAAUAUACCAAUAUUAAUGUAUGUAUAUAUUGCUUAGAUUCUUUCAUUUUUAUAACGUUUCCAGAGCGAAGAACAACUCGAUGAGUUUUUGUCACAUAUCUUAUAUUCGAUUGCUUAUAUUAUAUCAAAUUGAGGCUGCGUUUCUUAUUAUGAUUUCCGUCUUAUAGAAAAUUUCUUUUUAUAUUUCUCGUCGUCAAAACAAAUGAUUAAAUCACUCUUUUCACGAAUCGUCCAUCAUUGUUUUUUUUUACUUUCGCUUUUUUUUCUGUUUCAAUAUCCAGAGUGCUUCAAGGUCAUAUAUGCUCUUUAUUUAUGAAGGCAAUACAUAUAUAUAUGGGUGUGGGUGUGGGUGUGGGGGUCGGAGUGUGGCUGUGGCUGUGGCUGUGGCUGUGGCUGUGGCUGCGGCUGUGGCUGUGGAUUAAUAAGAUGGCACCGACAUACACAUUUACACCUACCCACACUCACACCCACACCCACAUCCACACCCACACCCCACACCCACACCCCCACACCCACCCACACCCCACCCCCCCCCCCCCCCCCACCCCCACACCCACACCCCCCCCCACACCCACACCCCCACCCACACCCCCACCCC